CCCACCCCUCUGUCGGCACCAACCGCGGGACCCCAAUGAUCCUGCAGCAGCCCUUGGAGCUUGAGCCCCCCGGGCGGACCCAGCGCGACAAGCGCUCCUCCUUGGGGGCGCCCCGAGGUCUGGACGUGAGCUCCCCAUUCCGAGGAGCUGGGCCCCUGAGCACCAAGCGGCGCCUGGAGGAGGAGCAGGAGCCCCUACGCAAGCAGUUCCUGUCCGAGGAGAACAUGGCCACACACUUCUCUCGGCUCAGUCUACACAACGACCACCCCUACUGCAGCCCCCCCAGGCCCUUCCCCCCGCCCGUGUCCCCGCCCAGGAACCCCAGGUCCGAGCUGCUUCUCUGGCGAUACCCUGGAAACCUGAUCCCGGAGACCCUCCGGUUGCUGAGAUUGGGGGACAUACCCGGUGCCCACUACCCUGCCACCCCAGCUGGGGAUGUGAGGAAGCUCUGAGCGUGGGCAGGAGUGGAUGUCGGCGCCCCGGCCAAGGGCCAGCUGAGCUGCCUAGCCUCCAGACCGGACAGACCUCUCUGAAGCGGAGGACCGACCGCCGCCCUGCCGAGUGGGGCAGCUUGGGUUGGGAGGCCAACCCAACAGAGCGGAAUAAAGAUUUCUGAGCUCCC